UUUGCAGAAAACAAAGACUUUUGGAGAUGAAAGUUUGCAUCUCCCAAACCCACAUUUAUUUCCUUUUAAAUAUUAUCUGAAAAUGAUCGGAUCACUUUAUAGAUGUGCAUGAAUGCUUGUGACAUGAAAAUUGUGCUUUUGCUUCGACUUAACAUGUCAAACCCAGUGCGAGCAUUGUGCUGCACAUUAUUUAUGACAGAAAAGCAAAAGUUGAGUGGAGAAAAGCACCUUCUUUUGAAGGACUAGUGGAGGCAGAAUGAGAUGAGGGGGUUAUUUUGGCGAUGGAGAUUAAGGCAGGGGCUUUUUGUCAUUUGUGCGAGACAAGCCAUUCAUCCAUCCAGUUCACAGCCAAAAAAAGGCUGGUCCCAGAAAUUAGCAGUUUCAGCUCAGCAGCAAAGUCGUCGGGCUGUGAAGGCAGAGAGAAAUUGACUAAUUAGCAAUGCGCACUAAAACUUGACGGUUCUCUCUAUAACAGCGAGGGAAAGACUCGGUUUUUCUCCCCCUUUCUCUUUUCUUUCUUCCAUAGAUGUUUGAAAUCGCAGUCAUUUACGCUCGACAGUUUUUACAAUAGCCUUGAGCCAUAAUUUUGCGAGUCUCUCCAGCAUCCAUACCCCUGCAUGGUCUCUCUCCAUCGGCCAUGCACGACCGUUUCUCUCCCCAACCGUGGAUUUCCUAUUACUCUCGUUACGACUCACUGAGCCCCAGGCCCAAGGAUAAUGAUGUGUUGUUUCUUGGUAGCAUAAUUUGUCACACGUAUAUUUCUUCUUCUUCUUCUCUUGCAGAAAGCACAGCUCCCUCUCACACUCUCACACACUUCUUGUUAAUUCAGAAGAACAAAUGAUCAACGUCAACAAAUAACCUAAAAUAGUGACUUUAGGAGUUCAAUGGUUAUUUCCAGACGCAGCCGACUUCAAAGAGAAGACGUUUCUUUUUAAAGGAAUAUCCAAGCAGAAAUUGGGGAACCUGAAGCUUACUUUCUUUUUUGGUGAAGAGCUGAAGUCAGGUGGCGUUCACAUUCAGGAAGUCAUGUCCAGAUCGGGUGAUAGAACAUCCACCUUUGACCCAACGCACAGCGACACCCUGCUGCACGGGCUCAACCUGCUGUGGAGGAAGCAGCUCUUCUGUGAUGUGACUCUCACCGCACAGGGACAGCAGUUCCACUGCCACAAAGCAGUCCUGGCUUCCUGCUCGCAGUACUUCAGAUCCCUCUUCUCCUCCCAUAAUGUCAUCAACAAUGAGGGAAGUAAGGGGGACCAGGGCAGCAGUGGGACCCCCUCAUCCUCGCCUGAUGACAAGCUGCUGACCCCCAGUGCCAGGCCUAUCAAUAACCUGGUGCUCCAGGGCUGCUCCUCUAUUGGAUUACGAUUAGUGCUGGAGUACCUGUACACUGCCAAUGUCACUCUUUCCUUGGACACAGUGGAAGAGGUUCUGUCAGUCAGCAAGAUCCUCAACAUCCCCCAGAUCACCAAGCUCUGUGUGCAGUUCCUCAAUGAUCAGAUCUCUGUGCAGAACUACAAACAGAUCUGCAAGAUCGCCGCGCUGCACGGACUGGACGAGACCAAGAAGCUGGCUAACAAGUACCUGGUGGAGGACGUGCUGCUGCUGAACUUUGAAGAGAUGUGCGCCAUGCUGGAUGCUCUGCCGCCUCCUGUGGAGUCAGAGCUGGCUCUCUUCCAAAUGUCAGUCCUCUGGCUGGAGCAUGACCGGGAGACCCGCAUGCACUACGCUCCAGACCUCAUGAAGAGACUGCGUUUCGCCCUCAUACCUGCCCCAGAGCUGGUGGAGCGGGUUCAGUCGGUUGAUUUUAUGAGGAGCGACCCCGUGUGCCAGAAGCUGCUCCUGGAUGCCAUGAACUACCACCUGAUGCCCUUCAGACAGCACUGCAGGCAGACCACGGCCAGCAGAAUCCGUUCUAAUAAGAAGAUGCUGUUACUGGUGGGUGGUUUGCCUCCUGGACCUGAUCGUCUCCCAAGCAAUUUAGUCCAGUACUAUGACGACGACAAAAAGACAUGGAAGAUCCUCACAAUAAUGCCUUACAACAGCGCUCAUCACUGUGUGGUGGAGGUGGAGAACUUCCUGCUGCUGCUGGGCGGGGAGGACCAGUGGAACCCCAACGGAAAGCACAGCACUAAUUUUGUCAGCCGCUACGACCCCAGAUUCAACAGCUGGAUUCAGUUGCCCCCCAUGCAGGAAAGGAGAGCCAGCUUCUUCGCCUGCCGCCUGGAUAAGCACUUGUACGUGAUUGGCGGCCGGAAUGAGACAGGCUACCUCUCCAGCGUCGAGUCCUACAACCUGGAGACGAAUGAAUGGAACUACGUGUCAUCUCUGCCGCAGCCUCUGGCCGCCCAUGCAGGAGCAGUGCACAAUGGGAAGAUUUAUAUAUCAGGAGGAGUGCACAAUGGCGAGUAUGUGUCCUGGCUGUACUGCUAUGACCCAGUAAUGGAUGUGUGGGCUAGAAAACAAGACAUGAACACGAAGCGUGCCAUUCAUGUCCUGGCUGGGAUGAACGACCGUCUUUAUGCCAUUGGGGGAAACCAUUUGAAAGGAUUUUCCCACCUGGAUGUGAUGCUCGUCGAGUGUUACGACCCAAAAGCAGACCAGUGGAACAUCCUGCAGACGCCCAUCCUGGAGGGUCGCAGCGGUCCGGGCUGCGCCGUUCUGGAUGACAGUAUUUACCUCGUGGGAGGCUACAGCUGGAGCAUGGGAGCCUAUAAGUCUUCAACCAUCUGCUACAGCCCCGAGAAGGGAACGUGGACAGAGUUGGAGGGGGAGGUGGCCGAGCCUUUGGCGGGCCCGGCCUGCUCCACCGUCAUCCUGCCCGCCUGCCUUCCUUUUAACAAAUGACAACUAAUCCACCUGAUGGGCGGCGAGGGCGAGGAGCAGGAUAGCGACUGGGGGGAAGAGCAUCCUUAAAGAAAAAACACCAACACUGAUGACAAACCCUCCAUUCGCUCGACGGAGGACUGUAUAAAUUAUUUUUUUACCGAGCACUUUCGUUUUUCUGUACAGACGGAUAAAAAAAGUAAAAAAAAAAACAAAAAAAAACGUGACCCCUGCGUUUGAUGAGAAACGGUCGCUCCCACUUUUUUUGCUUUUCUUUAAAUGGAUAGUGAGUGUUUUUGACUUCUCUUCUGUAGCACGCAUAGUGUUGAGCUUAUAGCGUUCAGACCCAUUUUAUCUCGUAUUUAGUAGCAGCAGAAUUCCAGCUAAAUAAGGUGGUGUUUCAUUGACUCACAUCAACAGUUUUACAAGGGUUGGGUUUCUUACAUUAACUGUGAUGAUAAAUGUGUAUAAAUAUUCAUCAGUUUUGUUAAUAAUCUCUGCCUGAGUUGUUCGUUUAUACAACAGCUGUCUUUUUCUGAGAAAAAAGUUAAAAAAAACUCACACUGUAAAAAAAAACUUAAACCAAACUGCUGACAAGCUAUGAAGAAAAAUGUACUGUAAAUAUACCUGGGAGCACUUAUAAAUAUAAAAAAAGUACACAACAACACCCCCAGUUCUGGUUUAAUCAUUAUUUUAAAUAAAUUAUCACAUAUGAACAGGAAUCUUGCCAAACGUUUUUCGCAGUUUUCCUCUGUGCCACAGGCAGGGAUAAUUAAAGAAUUGAUUUCCUGUACAGAAAAAUUGUUAUAAAAUGAUUGUACAAUCAGAUUGUAAUCGCUGGCAGUUCAUUUCUGGGUGGGCAAAAGUGAGAACAUGUUCUUCCUUCCUAGUUCAGACGAACAGGCCUGUUUAUGAGGUCUUUGGGAGGAAAGGGGAGUCUUUUAUGUAUAAUAAAAACCAACACGCAGAUGAAUGAUGCACUAUUUGUGAACUUUUUCCUUCAGCAAAGUUCACUCAAAUGUACCGUUAAUUUAUGUGCUGUGUUUUACAGAUGUGCAAAUAAAUGCAGUUUUGUCUACAUGAUUUAGGUUGGAUAUCUUGACUCGGAAUAUUAUCGCAGUUCCUGUUGAAUCCUGUUGGUUUGUUUUUUUUCCUCUUGUACAUAAUCGCCUGCAGUGGAACAUUUUUGUGCACUCAAGUUUGGAUUUAUUCUCAAAUCCUGUUAUGUCCUUUGCAUUUUAGAAAAAAGAAAAUAAAAGAA